AGAAAGGGUACAGAAUAAAUACUUUAGUGUUCCCUGUCCUAUUAGGAAAAACUAUGAUAUAAAGAAAUGCUUUUUAAAUAUUUUUUACAAGUUUCAGGUUUUUUUCAGUGUUUCAGUUCUAGUGUUUCUACUUUGUAUCAUUUUGAGGCAGGGUGGUGGGAGUGACAGUGAUGUGAUCCCUAAUCUUUCAUCAACCUCAACCCUAUGGAAAGCUGAAUGUGCAGGAGAUUCAACAUGAAAUCCUCAUCCUUGGAGGCAUUAAGUAGGAAACAAGCACAACUUUCCACAACCUAAAUUCUGGUCUUUGCUUUUGAGCAAAACGGUUCUGAGCUAUUGAGGAACAACCCGUGCUAUUGAAGAGUUAAAAAUAUUGGUUUCUGUGAUUUUUACUACUAAUGUCCAGAAAAGGAUUUAUAUGAAACUAAUUCUAAACUAAUAGAAUGUGUUUCAGUUUGCCUAUUUGGUGGUUUUUUUCUCUCCAAGUUCUACCCUGACUUAUUGGGGAUCAAACUAGAUAGUAUCACUCAGAUAAUUUCCUUUUUUCCUCUCAAGUUUGAAAACAAAGAAUCAAUCAUAAGAACACAAAUAUAAAAACAUGAACUAGCAAAUCAAGACAAAAAUCCAGCAGUAGCAUGAGAUUUUCUUCACUAAAAUAGCUUUUAUGGAGACUUGGAUAAAAAUUUCUAUCUAUGGAAGAAGAUUCCAUUUGAUGACUUGUGUUUUCAGAGGUCACCUUGGAAAGUCAUAUGGCACCUUGUAAUUUUUUUGUUAUAAUAGAAGAAGUACUAACAUUUAUUAUGUAUACUGACAAGAAAAAAACCUGGUUGUGUUGUAACAGAAAUUGAUUUCCUAGAAACAGGGUUUGCACUCAAGUUGAAUGUCAGAAUAGUAAGAUAUUUCAUUGAAGUAUAGCUUGAAUUUUGACGUUGAGUUGUUAAGCUAGAAAUAUUUUUGUAUCCUUCUAGUGUGAAAAGACUUGGAACUUAAUGAAACAGCUGGAAGAUCUUCAAAUAAUUUCUCACAUUAAAUAUCUGCAGGAAGAUAUUUAUACAAUGAAAACAUGGUCUAGCAGCAUAAUUAAAAGACAAGAAGAACUGGAGAAGAAUUUAACAAGCCUUUUUCAUGCAGUUUCAAGCGCUGAACAGAACACAGCUUCUGUAGCAAAAAAUGUAACAUUGACAAUUGUGACAGUAAAAACUGACAUAAGGCGCAUUUCAGGCCUGGUCUCAGACAUGACUGCACUGACAGAUUCUUUGCAAACACUAGAAGAUAAAGUGGAAAAAGGUGAAAAGGCAACAGUAAAAAACAUAGGUGACCUCCUUACCAGUAGCAUCGAUCGAAGUAUGAAAAUACAAAGCCUGGCAUCCAGUAAUGCAAGGAAAAUUGAGCAAAUCAAGACAGCACUGUCUGAGUUAAGGAGCGAUUUUAACAAGCAUUCCAAUAGACUUUUGAAUCUUGAAGGUGACAGAGCAAAAGUUCUGAAGACAGUUACAUUUGCUAAUGAUUUAAAACCUAAGAUGUACAAAGUUAAAAAGGAGUUUGCUAUCUUGGAGCCUUUAAUAAACGACCUAACACUGAGAAUAGGAAGAUUAGUGGAGGAGGUCUUGCAACGGGAGAAGGAAAUUGCUUUACUGAAUGAGAAAUUGGUCAAUCUAACAAGAGUUCAAACCGAGAUCAAGGAUGUGAAAGAUGAAAUAACCAAGAUUUCAGACAUUAAUUGAUCACUGAAAGGCCACUGCCUAAAGAACAGUGUUUCAGAAUUGUUAACUCCCAUCAUGUGUAGUACUGAGAAGACAGACAAUAUUUAAAGGCUUCAUUUAGAAGCACACCUAAACCUGAAAUUUGUCCUAUUCCUUUGAAAGGACAGGAAGAACUCAUACUUAUUUCAUGGGAGAAAUAAUAAUGUGAACAAAAAACUUACCUCUUUGCAUGUAUCUUUCUGAAGAAUGACAGAUGCUAUAUUUAAUAAAUUGCUUGUUUUGUAAAAUAAAGCAGUGUUAAAGUACAAAAUUAUGUUCUUAGCUUUAGAGUUUGCUUUCAUAAAGAAAGCAGGACCCAAGAAUGACAGAUUCCAGUUUUGCUUUCCUGCUGCAAAGGAAGGAAUAGAAUUGUGGUUUCCAGCUAAGCAAGAGGUAGUCCAACACCAGUAGUACUUUGUCUCUAUUCACUCUAUGAUUUUUGUAAACUAGUUUCUUUUUAAAAUAAUAUUUAACAAGGUAAAUGCAGCGAAGCAAGAAAUGCUCAGAAAUAUUGCUGAUACCUUCCAGAAAGUUUUGUCACACAUUUAGAUGGAAUAAUUUGUAUAAGGCUUUGUGUAAGGCUUUUGCAAUUAUAAAAGCCUUACAAAAGGCUUUCAUAUAAAAAUUACUGAUUAAAUCAAAAUUACUGUGCAGCACCAUUCUGUCUUUAAAAGACAGAACGCUCUAUAGGGACAAUGCUCUGAAAGACCUAAUGAUGCUGCUGAUGGCUUUAUCCCAGUGUCACAGUGUCUGCUCAGGAAUCCUAACAGUUAGUCAUUCAUUAUUUCUUAGUCUGUAAAAUACUACAGUGAGCAGCAGAAUUAGCAAAGAGAAGCUGCUUAUAUCCCAGAAGGCUACUGCUUUGAACUACUGGGACUAUUUAGGUGCUGCAGAACAACAGAUUUGAGACAUUUGAAAAUGAAGUAGGCAGUUAACAAGAUAGUGGGAAUGCUUUUAGCAGAGGAAGGUGGGAGAGAAGUGCAUUAAAUAGGAAUAAAAAUGGCUAUAAAUAUCAAUUAGAAGCAAUACAGCAACUCAGAAACUCCCUGUAAAUGAAAUUAUAUCAAGAAGUGUAAGUACAUAGGAAAGCCUUUAUAACUUUUCAGUUGGCCAUACCUUAACAUCUAGCAACUACUAGACUCUUGAUGGUAUGGAAGAUACAAGCACUCCUGUCCCUCACUAUUUUCAUCGUCAUUCAGCAUUCCAUGUAUUUUGGUCUGCUUUAUGUUGCUGGUCUUCUGUAUCUUCUUUGCUUCAUUUGCCCACAGUCAACCUGCAAUACUUUGUUUAAAGUUUUCCUCUUUUUGGUGCAGGUCCAUUCCUAUCUCCCCCUUUCUUCUACCCCCUUCCAGGCCACCUGACAGAUGGCAAGAAUAAACCUGUCAAAAGACAGGUUUUCCUAGGAGCAUCCACAGAUACUCUACCAACCCCUGUCCCUUUGCUGUUCCACACCGUUCUUAAAUGAGCUCCUGAAAAUUACCAAAUGGCAUUUGAAGCAGGCAGCAAAAUUAAAGAACAGCCAUGGUUAAGUAUAUGCAUUGCCUAUCAUACCUGAAGCAAUGUAUGUACACAUGCACAUACACCUUAGGGGUUUGAGGGUUACAUAAUAAAUAUAUUGUGGAUUAAAGGCAUCACAGGCUACAGUCACUUUAUUCACUUUGCUUUCAAUUUAAUGAAUGCAUCAUUUGUGGUCAGUAGCCAGUAAGAAUCUGGAGAGGCAGAACCAGAGAACCGGUAGAGCAACAUCUACACAAGUGAUGCGGAAAAAAAUACAUUCCAGCUGCACAGUUAAUCUGAGCAGCCUUGACACAGCAGAGGUCUGUCUGCAUGCAGAGUGUACUUACUCCUUGGAACAGCAACCAGAAAACAAGCCAGGAUAAACAACUGUGAAUUUCAUUUUCAACCUCCAAAGUCUAGAACACGUCUCCCAGUGAAAAGCCGAGUGUACAGUCCUGUGCGUGGUCUCCAAGGGAAGUUAAACAUGCAAAAAAAUGUUACAGGACCUUUCAUUUCCCUUUCCCUUUAGAUGCAUGCAGACUUCCUACCCUUACUUCCCAGGAUAAUCCUCUCAGAAAUUUUUCUUGCUGCUAUCAAGA